GGCCGCUCGCCCUCCGCUCCCCCUCACCUCACCCCGGAGGCGCCGGGCCCCUUGGAUGCCGCCGAGAUGGGCAAGGUGCUGUCCAAGAUCUUCGGCAACAAGGAGAUGCGGAUCCUGAUGCUGGGUCUGGACGCGGCUGGUAAAACCACCAUCCUGUACAAACUGAAGCUGGGCCAGUCUGUCACCACCAUCCCCACCGUGGGCUUCAACGUGGAGACGGUUACUUACAAAAACGUCAAGUUCAACGUGUGGGAUGUCGGGGGCCAGGACAAGAUCCGUCCCCUCUGGAGGCACUACUACACGGGCACGCAAGGGUUGAUCUUUGUGGUGGACUGCGCCGAUCGCGACCGCAUCGACGAGGCCCGCCAGGAGCUCCACCGCAUCAUCAACGACAGGGAGAUGCGGGACGCCAUCAUCCUCAUCUUCGCCAACAAGCAGGACCUGCCUGAUGCCAUGAAACCCCAUGAAAUCCAGGAGAAACUGGGCCUGACCCGAAUCAGGGAUAGGAAUUGGUACGUGCAGCCCUCCUGUGCUACUACAGGGGAUGGACUCUAUGAAGGGCUGACAUGGUUAACAUCCAAUUAUAAAUCCUAAUGAGAGAAUAACUAUUUAGUCUACAAAGAAUUAAAGAAAAAAAAAAUAACCCACAUGGUUUUCCGGAAGAAUGAUUCUCUACUGAAAAGUAAAACAAAAGCAUCCAUAGGAUUAUGAUCACCUUUCUCCAGUUACCACCCUUUCCUUCUGCACACUUGACUGGAUUCCUGUUUUAACUCUUCUUGCUUGGCGUUAGGAUGCUCUAAUCUCCGAAUGUGACACGAACACAAGCACUAGAUGCUAUGGCAGACUUCCAGCAAACAGGGGAAAGACACAUUGUAGACUUGCUAAGUAACUUUUUUUUUUUUUCUCUCUUGAUAGCCCUUAUGAUGGUUUGAUUAUUUUGGGGGAUGGUUGGGGGAGGGGUACCAUUUUCAGUGUAUGCUUUCUGGUUCUACUUUUUUGAUUAUAUUUUUUUUUCUUCUAUCACUUGCUGUAGAUUGCUACUUUUUUGCAUUCAUGCAGAAUAUGUUGAUAGGUCUACUUCAUCUAGUAAACUGAAAACUAUUGCUUAAAAUCAAA